CUCCCGUUCACUGGUUCUGAUGAUGGACCGGAGUGUUGGCAAAAGGAUGCUACAGAAUUUGUUUUCGUGCCUGGACAAGGAAGCACAGGACAAGAGGAGGAAAUGGAUUUUAUUCUGGCAAGUGAGAGAGAACGAGAAGAGGUGGUUGAGAUGGAUGAAGAGCAAAGAGUUCUUUCAGAAGUGCUGUGUGCUGAUAGAGUUGGACAGAUGACAAAGACUUACAGUGACAUUGACGCCGUCACUCGACUGCUGGAAGAGAAAGAACGUGACUUGGAAUUAGCAGCUCGCAUCGGCCAAUCACUACUGAAGAAAAACAAGGCCCUGAGUGACAGGAACGAACUACUGGAGGAGCAAGUUGAGCAUAUACGAGAGGAGGUAUCCCAAUUGCGCCAUGACGUGUCCAUGAAAGAUGAGCUGUUGCAGUUCUAUACCAACGCUGCUGAGGAAAGCGAGGGGGAGUCAACCACUCCCACACCUGUACGACCCACUGAGAACAACGUGUCGACGCCAACUUUUUUCCCGUUGGACUCCUUGCAGAAGAAACUGAAAGAUCUAGAAGAAGAAAAUAAGUCUCUUCGCUCUGAGGCCAGUCAUUUGGAGACAGAAACCCUCUGCUUUGAAGAAAAAGAACAACAGUUGGUCAAUGACUGUGUCAAAGAACUUCGCGUUGCCAACCUGCAAAUUUCCUCUCUGGCUGAAGAGCUGGCAAAGAAAUCUGAUGAUGCUUCCAGACAGCAAGAGGAGAUCACUCAUCUUCUCUCCCAGAUAGUGGACCUCCAGAAAAAGGCCAAGAUGUAUGCUGUAGAGAACGAAGAACUCACACAGCACUUGGGAGCUGCCAAAGAUGCUCAGCGACAACUCACUGCUGAGUUACGUGAGUUACAGGACAAAUAUGCUGAGUGCAUGGAGAUGCUACAUGAGGCUCAAGAGGAGCUAAAAAAUCUAAGAAAUAAAACUGUUCCAUCUAACACACAGAGACGUUUCCAUUCUCUGGGCUUGUUUCCAAUGGACUCUCUGGCUGCAGAAAUAGAGGGCACCAUGAGGAAAGAACUACAGAUGGAUGACCCAGAUGUUGAGGAGCAAAGACUGCAGCCAAAACGUGUGUUCCAGACUGUAAAAAACCUCAACCUUAUGCGUCAGCAGCGCCUGUCGCUUGCCCCCUCCCCCCUCAACAUCCCAGGCUCCAAUCAGUCAUCAUGCCUCACUUCGGGCCGCUCCAGCCGGGUGGGCACACCUUGCUCCAACUCCAUGUAUGGCAGUGAAACAGGAAGUGGAAUUAUGCUAGACAACAGGAGUAGCUGCAUCUUGGAGACGCCAGAUAAUGGGUCAGAGGACUCAAAUAAGCGGCCCCCUGGGACUCCAGGCACCCCUGGCAGCCGUGACCUGGAGGCAGCCCUCCGGCGUCUGUCUCUACGCCGCGACAACUACCUCUCGGAAAAACGUUUCUUUGAAGAAGAGAGGGAGAGGAAAUUGGCAUACCUGGCCAAAGAGGAGGAAAAAGGAGGCGGUGAAUGUAGUGGAGGCCCAGGGACACCUACAGAGAGUCUGUUCUCGCUAUGCUCUCAUCCGUCGCUGGGCAGCAUGUGGUCGGGAUACUCAUUCACCGCCAGAUCCUACCUACCGGAGAAGCUGCAGAUUGUAAAGCCGCUAGAAGGUUCUGCAACCCUCUAUGCAUGGCAGCAGUUGGCUCAACCCCACAUGGGCGCUCUGCUGGAUGACCGACCCGGCGUGGUCACCAAGGGUUUUCGCACUUUAGCACAUGAGCAGGACGAGGUAGACUGCUGGCAACUGGACCAGCCAGAGGAGGACGAAGUCUCGAGUGACUCAUUCGCAGGCUUAUCAGGAGACAACUUUUCGGACCCUUUGUACUCCAAUUCUCCACUUUCCAUCCACUGCAGCCAAAAUAGCAACAUUGAUGCCAGUAGCCACUCAGAAACACUGCAGAGUGAAAGAGCAGGGACAUUAGAGAAAAUUCAAUCAAAAGAUUUUAACCCUUCUUCAAGCCCACCCCCUUCUUCCUCAACACCAUCUUCCUCUGGGAUGAACGGGCAUGUGGAUUUCAAGGAACUCGGCACAUUGGACCACAUGCCUGUCAACUUCCCAGGGAAGUGCAUGUCCCACACUAAUUCCACCUACACGCUCACCACCUGCAGGAUUCUUCAUCCCUCUGAUCAGCUGACCUCCAUGUCACCAAGUACUCUGUCCUCUUGUCGGAGCAGUACGUCAUCUACUCCGCAUACACCUUCCUACACCCCCUGCUGCACGCCACGACGCCUGUCCCUCGCCCUGACUGAAUCCUCCACCAACCUUCGAGACCCUACCAAGACCACCAGCACCUCACUUGGGCUUGGACGCCUCCUGCUGGAGCACGGGAUCUCUGCAUCAGCGUUCGACCCGAGCAUGCAGGACCUCAGAGAGCAGCCGACGUCUGAUGACACUGCAGAUAGAGAUGACAACAAAUUGCUGAAGAAGCGCCCCGACAGCCUCCCCUUUCUCCUGCCUUCGACUCCGCCAAAUUCUCCCCGUUCUUACUCCAAAUUACCCGCCUGCGCAGAUUUUCCCUUCAGCCCCUCCGAUGACCACCCACCAUAUUUUUACACUUUCUUGGCUUCUAAGCCGGCACGCAUUAUCCUGAGGGAAGUGCGAAGUGAGGCAGAGAGGGACACAAGCGACAAGAUGAGUGACGAAGGUCAAACAGAAACGUUGAACCUGAGACUCGUGGAAAAACUGAAAAGCUUCCGCACCCUUCCUCCGCACACCACUUCCAUGGCAUCUGCAAGUUCUCUGUUAGCCCCGUUUUGCUCCACAGGGAUGAGGAGGAACAGGAGCUUUCCUGCCUUGGUAGGAGCUAGUAUGGCUAUGAAAGAUCCAGGAGGUUCCCAUACUACUGAUAUCCUUAUACCCCAUUCAAUACAAGGCCCAGAAAUGCAACCGGCAUUGCAUGCAUUUGGCUUAAGACAAACACAAGCAGAUCACAGUGUUACAUCACUUACCACAAACCAGAGACAAGCCACCACCAGUAAAAUGCUGCAAGACUCCAUUAGCAAUGAAAGGUCAUGA